AUGAAUUCCGCAUUCAGAAGCAAAUACGCAGCCCUCUUGAACGAGGACUGGGUCAAACUUGGGUACCAAUCUGAACAUGCUGAACAUGGUCUAGGAUUGACAAACCAAGUGCACCCUAUCUUCCAGCGCACCCAAGCAUUGAGGCCACGAGGUGCAGAGCACAUCUGGCCCCAAUACAAAUCAGAGGGCGAAUACGAUGCAAUGUGCGCUGAGAUGGGUACCGUCUUUCAGCUGGCCUCCAAAAUGCUCGAAUCACCAAAGAGCUUGGAGUUCCUCUACCAAGUUGCCUACAGCCCUCGAAAAGUUUCGAACGUAGGCUUCGGCAACCAAGGACGCCCGUGCAAAGAGUUUGGGUGGACCGAUCCGCCAUUUACGGGGCGUCAAAUGGCCAGGAAUGCUCUUCGUCACCUCUCACGUUCCCUUACCUUCGAAAUUGGGGAUCCUGAAGCCGACCCUGAAGUCCAAGGCUCUUUUGCAGUGACCGCCGCAACCCUGGUGCAUUUUGGGGCAGGGGUGGCGAUAGACGAUGUCUCAAGGAAAACGGGUAUGGCGAGCAGGAUCACUCUCAACGGGUCUUGGAUCCUCAAGCUCAAGGAGCUUGAUGCUCAAGAGGGAGACACCACAUCUCAGAAGCUGAGCCUUCAAGUGAAGAUGGCGAUAACACUAUGUCACGAAAUCGCUCAUGCUCUUGCUUUUGCUGUGAAUCGUGAGUAUUUAGAGAUGUCAAUCAGACAUUACAACGCCGCCGACCAGGCACACAAAGAGGGCAGAGCGUACGAGUACCCGGUCCAGGAGUUGCGUACCGACGAGCCAUACUACAGAAAAGAAACAAUGGCAGAGAUUGGCAAUAGCUGGGAGAACCAGGUCUUCGGUGGGAAGAUCAACUGGUCCGGAAACUUAAGUGAUCCUCUCUUCGUCAGCAAAUGGCCUUCGUUCCUUACCAGCGACGACGACUACUGUCCAACACGUGGGAAGGAAAAGCGUACCGCGAGGAAAUACGUCGUAUCCCUCCACUUCAUUCGAAACAUGCACCGGCAGGGCUUCUGGGACAACGUGAGGUCUGAGCAUACCAAUGCUCUGUACAUUAAGAAGACUGUCGGGAUUGAAUACGGUAAUCCAGAUACAGAGGCUAUUUCAGUCAACUCCAGUGAGAUCAACUGGCCUCAUGACGAGGAGAAUUCCAGCCGCGUGUCUAGGGAGAAGGAUGGUCAGACAAUUCCGGAUCCGUCAGAUUCGCGUGCGAAUGAAACGGCGGAAGAACGGAGGGUAUGA